UAUCCACAACAAACAAUGAAUAAAUACCCAAAAGUUUAACAUUUUAAGAUUCCUGCUCUGAGUGACGCUAGCUUUUUAUGUCAAAAACUGUCCCAAUCCGUUUUUAUCAUAUUAGUAAAAAACAAACUGUACAAUAUAACGAAAAUACGAAUAAGAAAAAAAGCCAUCUUAAAACGAUUUUUCCGUGGUUACCAAACCGCCAGCAUGUCCAUCAAGAAGGAGUUUGGUUUUGGCCCCAAAGAUCAUAGCAAAGUGGAGAUAGUUUUGGAGCCAUUGAGAAUACUGGGCGCCACCGAUGCUUCCGGGGAAAUAGAGUUUUUGAUCCAGUGGAAGGGCUCAGAUCGUGCCGAUUUGGUACCAGCCAAAGAGGCCAACCUAAAGUGGCCCCAAAUGGUUAUUAAAUUUUACGAGGAGCGUGUGACCUUUGAUCCUCCUGAAUAAACAAGAGGCUUUGAGUUGUUUAAGUAAUGUUUGUAAUAUAAUUUACAUUUGAAUAAAAAAGAA